UAUUAAAAUUAAAAAAUUAAAAAAAAUUAAAUAAAAAAGAAAAUGGCCCCAAACAAAGCCCCUGCAGCAACUGAAAAGAAAGUAAAAUAAUAAGCUAACAAAGGAUAAACUAAAAGACACAAAAAAAGAGUUGAAACUUUCGCCAUUUAUAUCUUUAAAGUAUUAAAAUAAGUACACCCUGAUGUCGGUAUCUCAAAAAAAGCUAUGAAUAUAAUGAACUCUUUCAUUAAUGAUUCAUUCGAAAGAAUCGCCCUUGAAGGUUCCAAAUUAGUUAGAUUCAACAAAAGAAGAACCUUAUCUUCCCGUGAAGUAUAAACUGCUGUUAAACUUUUAUUACCUGGUGAGUUAGCUAGACACGCUAUCUCUGAAGGAACUAAAGCCGUUACUAAAUUCUCUUCUUCUUGAUAUGAAUUUACUUUU